ACACGGGAGUUUCCACGGGUUUCUGUCGCCGACGCACCUGGCGCAUCGACCGAGAAACAGAAACAGCUGUCCGUGGCGAAGCAACUUGAGGAAUAUCGUUGGUUAAUCGUCGAUCCAGAAUUCUGUGGAUCCUUGGCCGCGUGUCGUGAGAUGCGGAGGAGGAGGCCCCAGGGUAUCGUGUCUGUCAUUGUCCGCGUUACGAACCUACUUCUCGCUUCACCACUCUUCACCACGCUUUAGGCGCUCGCUUCGACAAUAACGUGCUUGCCUUUUAUUUUUUUCACUUCUACGAUCUGGAACCUUUCUCCCUCUUAGUCUCUCUCCUUCUCUCUCUCUUUUCCCUCUCUUUCAUUUACUCCUUGUAUGUUCCCCUUCCUUUAGUUGCUUGCUCUUACGUUACCUUUCUCUCUCACACUUUGUCUCUCUCUUUCUCUCUUUCUCUGUCCAACUGUUCCCUGUGCUCCUUUCUCGCAAUAUCUCUUUCUCUCUCUCACUCACUCUUUCUCUCUGUCAAUGCCUAUCUCUCUUUUUCCCUUUCCUUUUUACUCUCGAGUCUCGAGAGAUCUCUGUACGCUUCAUCGACGAUGUAAACAGAGCGAUCGCUUUUGGAUAAAAUUCGUUCGUCUCUCGCUCCGCCUCGUGUGCUGUUUGCGCGUGUAUUCGUAUUACGUUACCGUUGCCAUCGUCGCUACCGUUUGUGCGUACACAAAAGUGACGCGCGUGUACCCGAAAUACGCGCGCAUCGACGUACAACGACGCGUAACAGAUCCUCGGUGACGGUGUCUCUGAUCGUUACGAAUAAUUUUCGGAGCCGACGAUUCGGCCGUGGGAAAAGUCUUGUCCACUUUUCAACGAUCAUGAUUCUGCUCCGUCGAUGUUCGUAUCCUCGACGAGGUUAUACGUGAACGAUCUCCCGCGCUUCGAACACUCCCGUCUCCCACUCGUGUACGAAAUGGAGUAAUGUAAAAUUGGAUCACCUCGAACCCAAAUACCGAUCAAACAUCUGUUUCUGUUUCUCCGAAAUAUUAUGCUUAUCCGCUUGACCCAAUAUGUGCUUGGAGGUAAUGGUACAGCAAAAGGAAUAAGCCCUGCUGGAUCUGGGUGAAUUAAGCUCCGCAUUUUUUAGAUAUUUAUAGUUUUACAAAAUUGGCCCGGAUGGAAAGUUGACAGAUGAUUCCAGAUCCUAUAUUAUGAUAUUACUGGGUUUAAUGACUUCUUGUAUUGUUACCUGCAAGUAUAUCUUGCUUUUGUUGUCAUAGCUUUGGCUACUUAUACAUGAUAACAAGUUGUCUAUACCUGCUAACGUUGUUUCUACAAGGGAACAUGUUUGCAUUUGCUGUUGCAGCUAUAUAAUUAUGACUAAAGUGUAAACACACCUACAUGGAACAUCAGAUAUGAAUAAGCAAAUAUGGGAGCGUUACCGAUACACAUAAGGUUUAGCUAUCGUAAGCUUUAAGAGAGGCAUGGUUUAUGAGAAUACAGAAGAAGUUGAUCAGCGAACAAAAUCAUAAGGAAUGGUAUUCUAUUGGAUUCUAUUGGAUGUUAGAUAAGCCAAAAAAUGUCCGGUGAUUCAGGAUGGAGCGCUGUCAUUCACCAUCCUUCGGAGUUAGAACUACAGAACUGGAACUGGGAAGAAAACGAUGGGGAGCAGGAAAGAGAACUUCCUUCAACCGUUGACAUGGAUGCCAUAAAAGGUGGAGGUAGCUGGGAUCCAACCACUGAACCUAAUGGAACACAUUCUGUCGAUUCCGAAGAAGAUUCAGAUUCCGAGGACGAAAGUUCUGGUGGUACAGAAGGCAGUUGCUCUUAUUCGGAUACGAAUUCUGACUCAGACGACGAGAGCAGUGGGGACGAAGAAGAGGAAGAUACAGGUUCAAAUUCGGAUUGCACGUCUGAGCGCAGCGAACAAACGUUUUCCAUUCAAGAAACCAAUUUCGAAUCGGGUGCGCUUAAAUUAAAGAUCACUAUGAAAGGACCGAAGAAAGAGGAUGUGGAAAAGACGCGAUGCGAUAAGACCAGGAGAAGCUUAACGAAGAAACUUAAAACAAAUUGUGCGACGAAGUCAUCGGAAUGCAGCAGUGACGACUCUGACUCGUCGGAGGGUCGCCUGCCUUCGCCUAAUAAUACACAACAGCAACAGCAGCCGCAACAACAGCAACAACAACAGCAGCCGCAGCAGCAGGAACAACAACCGCAACAGCAACAGCAUCCUCCUCUUCAGGAGAUAAAUCAAGAGGAUCUAGCGGCCAUCCUACCGGAUCAAGAGCACGAGGACGCUCCGUUCGACGGAUUCGAGGACUCGGAAAGCGGUCGGCUGGUAUCGAAAGCUAUAGAACGAAUGUCGCUCGGGGCUGACUCGGAUACGAGUGAGAACGGCGAUCAGAAUCCUGUACCUGUGUAUAGUUCAACUUUAUUGCAGCAGUUCGUCGAGAAAACGGCUCUGUUGUCGGAACCACGGAAGAGACGGAGCAAAGCGAACAAAAAGCUGAACGAUCCCGAGUAUCCUUGCGCUUCGAACGUGUCCCCGGAUUCGGGAAUUCAGUCGGUGGACAACAGUCCGCUGCAUCUGGCAAUCAGUCCUGUGAGCCCACCAGCUCCGACACAGUCGCCGAUUCAGACCGUGGUUCCAAAACCAGCGGUGAACGUGGAUCGAGUCCUGUAUCCGCCCAAACGGAAGCCCGGCAGACCAGCGAAAACAGUGUCGACGCAACCGCGUGGACCGGGCAGGCCAAGGCUGAAGCCAGAAAUAGUGGAAAAGAUCGAGAAGAUAGAGAAGACCGAGAAGGUGGAGAAAAACGAGAAGAAGGAGACAACGCCACAACAAAAGACUCCGAAGGAGGAACCUAGUAAAAAGGGAAAAUCGAAGUCGACACAGCAUAAGACCAAUGUGUCCCGAGAACAAAAGGAAGAUGAAAGCAGUGAAUCGGCGAAGAAGUUGAAAGAGAAGCCGGUUUGUCAAAAGAAACGUAACUGUAACGUUUCAAAACAAUUCUCGCAGGGGAGGAUAAGCGGAAAGAGAAACAACGCAAGUUCUCCCACGCGCGUUAAGUGCCUAAGUAGAACUGUAACGAGUAAGUACGGGAAGGAUGCAAGUCAAUGCGAUGGUAGGAUGUGCAAGAAGAUGAGGAAAGAUAAGCCGGGUGCAAGCAACCGGGCUGCGAUAUCGUUGCGUCGGCAGAAACAGUCUUCUUGUGAGAGAAUCGCGGCUGAUAGGAAACCAGUCAACUCUGGUAGGAGGAGUCUAAAGGAGAACAGAAACAACUCCGGCCCAACGUCGAAGAGGCAAAAUCUACUCAAGAAGAACGUUGCACCGGUGACACGGCGAGUCCUAAAGGAGAACAAAAAUAGCAAAAGGACAUCAACUACGUUUGAAACGAAUGGAGUCGGAGUCCAGACUCUGAUUUCGCUACCGGUUGGUCAAGUGCUCAAAUCGGAGAAGGUCGAGCGCUCGAGCAACAAGUGCGACAAGGCCACACAACCCAUACACAAUCAUUGUCAUAAGCACCAUCAUCAUCACAAGCACCGACGACGAUUGAGCCCUCCAAAGACUCCGAUCCGCAUCGAUCCAUGCAUAAUUCAGGAAUUGGAAAAACUGAUCGAAGAGUUCGCCAGAUCAUGCAGUUUGGGUCGGAACAACACGAGCGUCGGUUACUCCGAGCUACCGCAGAUCUUCCGCGUGAAAAAGUUGACUAAGAAGAGGAAAGGUGACGUCGCGUCGAGCGACGACCAGAAACUGAAAAGACGCUCGAAGAAGGAGAAGAUGCCGGCAGGAACCGAUUCGAAGAGUGGCGUGAAUGCGACCGCGAACUCGAACCCCAAUGAGCAGAGGCUGCCCUUGAAGAAGAGGCAUUAUCAUGUUUCCAGCCCUCACAGCUCCCAAAGCUCGAACGCGAGCUCCAGCGAUCCAACUGCCAAUGAGAGCAAUUGCACCGAGAGUCACAUAGAGGAGGCCAUCGAGGCUGCGAUCACGAGAUACGGGGGUGGCAGUUCCACUUCCUCUUCUCAAGACGACACUGUGCCAGUCACCCCGAAGAAGAGACACAGAGACGCAGAGACUUCGAGCCCCGACAAAUCUGCGACUGCCUCUUCAGAAUCCCUGGAAGAAAAACCGCUCAGUCAAGCGGAGAUACAGCCUCGUCGGAAGAAAAAGAUUGUGAAGGACCUUAGAGUCACGGUGACAAAGCUCCCCGUUGAGAGUAGUCACUCUGACAGAGCUGAAAAGUCGGAGAGAGUUGAUGGGAAGGUAGAAAAAACAGAUAAAUAUGUCGGCGAGUUGAAAAAGAGUCACGCCGCCGACAAAAACUGUGGUAAGAAUGAAAAAACAAUUAGCGAGAAAUCUAUUAAGUCUGACAGAAGUCAAGCCACAGAGAAGGUAGAGAAGCAUGAGCAGUCCUUGUCAGAUCACGUUCGCCUAGAAAAGAACAUCAAGACAGAUGCCGUGGAGUUUAAUGCAACUGAGAGCUACGAAGACAACGAGACCGCUGGGGAGAGCAAACCGCCGCGAGAUAACGUUGCACCGAACCUGCCUAAUCCCUUGAACUCUACAGCCGCUGCCGCGCUAGUUCUCACCAAGAAGAAGAUGAGGCGGCGCAAAGCGAUCAACCGCACCGGCUUUCCGACCUUGAAGAAGAAAAAGAAAAAGAAAAGAUCAUUAAGUGCGAGCGAGGCUGGUACAGCGACAAAAGCUGCUCUAACCAGCGACGACAAUGCGGAUUUGGAUCCGGAUCUAGACGGUGGCCGAAGUUCAUCCAAAGAAGGAGUCGAAGAUGCUAUCGAAGAGAGCAAACCGACUGUGUUGAGCCCAGAAAUUCGAGAAAUUUCAUCCGGGGGAAGCCUGGACAAGCGCACCACGGACGGGAGCGUUGGGCAAGCAGUCAAAUUUGCUUUGGAAGUCUCUGAUUCGACAAAGCGGGAGGGAUCGUUCCGAGCUUGCGCAGCCGAGCUCACAGAGUCUCGAGCUGGUCAACUGAGGGUUAGGAAAGACUUAGUGGAGGUAGAUAGCGACGAGAACGCGACGCAGAAGUUCUGCCCCGUGAAGUUUGAGAAGAUUCAGGAUCUGAGGACGUACGACGAGAACGCGCCCUUGGAGGAGUCUUUGGAGAGGUACGAGGCAGCUCAGCAACAGCAACAAUGCGCCGCGGAGACCUUGGAAGAGAACUCGAAGCAUCCUCCUGAACGGGCUGUCGCUCAGGCGAAUAUCAAGACCGAGCACUCGGUUCCAUUGAAUGGAAGCCAAAAGAAACGACGCGGUUCUGCUAGUCCUUGCACCCUGGCGCCCAGAAACGUGAAACGUUUACGCAGCUCGGGCUACGAUACUGAGAAUGAUAACUCGUCGAAUAAUAAUGUUCUUGAGACUGGGAGGAACUCUACUGCGACACAUACCAGGAAGAAACAGUCCAGGUGGAAGAAACGAUACCUGCAAGGUGGAGUCCUGCAGGACUUCAGCAAGGACUGCGAGUCGAAGACGAGGAGUGGUGGUAGCGGAGCUGUCGAGGUUCCAAGGAAGCACAAAAUGGAUAACGACGCGAGUUCCGCUGUUCUUCUAUCGGCUUCGUAUCAGUGCGGCAAACUCUUGCGCCAGAGGAAGAUGUCGUUCCAAUUGCGGUACGAUUUAUGGUGGUUGCACACGCAGUCCAGACUGCCUGGCAGAGAAUCAGUACCAUCUUGGAACUACAAGAAAAUUCGUAUGAACGUUUACUACGACGUGAAACCGACCACGCUCUACGAGGCUCAAGCAUGCGAAUGCAAACCGGAAAGCGGCUGCGGCGACGACUGUAUCAAUCGCAUGGUUCUCAGCGAAUGUUCCCCACAACUCUGCCCAUGCGGGGACAAAUGCGAGAACCAGAAGAUUCAGAAGCACGAAUGGGCACCUGGUUUGCAGAAAUUCAUGACAGAGGACAAAGGUUGGGGCGUGAGGACCCACCAGGCCAUCAAAUCAGGAGUCUUCAUCCUUGAGUACGUGGGAGAGGUCGUGUCCGAGAGGGAAUUUAAGUCCAGAAUGGCGACUAGGUAUGCAAACGAUACGCACCACUAUUGUCUUCACCUUGAUGGAGGUCUUGUGAUCGAUGGUCACCGAAUGGGAGGCGACGGACGCUUCGUGAAUCACUCUUGCGAGCCUAACUGCGAAAUGCAGAAGUGGAGUGUCCACGGGCAUCCCCGUAUGGCGCUGUUCGCUUCCAGAGAUAUCAAGCCGGGGGAAGAGUUAACUUACGAUUAUAAUUUCGCCUUGUUCAACCCAUCCGAAGGACAGGAAUGUAGGUGUGGUAGCAGUGCCUGCAGGGGUGUGAUAGGUGGAAAGAGUCAGAGAGUUCCGAAAACAGUUGUUCCCCUUCCAUCUCAGUUAGAACCAACAGAAAGACGGUCGGUUGGCAGGCCAAGGAAGAACGUGCGUAAAUCGAACGCGGUGCAGUCCGUCAACUCGAAAAGCAUUUGCAAAUCGCGAAAAGUAGGCGACUCGAGUCUGUUCCACGCUCCUGCGUUGAAGCCGAUGUCUCAUCAACAACGAUGUUUCGCGCAACAGCAUCACUGUUUUCUGCUGAGGAACUUAGAGAAGGUGAGGCGGGUGAAAUCAUUGGUGAACCAAGUACAAAUGCAAAACGGCAAGGCGAAAUUCGGCAACGCUGGUACCUUCAAAGAGAAGAGUCCUGGCGAUGCGAAAAUCCAAUCCGACGCGUUCUUUUCGCAACUAACUGCCCUGACCAACACCAAUACGCGAACGGUGCGGACGAGGAGGUUGGCACAAGCGCAAGACGAUCCAGAGGUGCAUAAAACCGCGAAGCUGGCGAAGGUGUUGAAAGACUUAUACAGCGUCGUGGCAACAGCCAAUGAUGAGAACGGGCAACUGCUGUGCUCGCCAUUCAUAACAUUGCCCUCGAAGAGAAAGUUACCGGAUUAUUACGAGAAGAUAACAGACCCCAUAGACCUGACUACGAUCGAUCAAUGCAUUGGAACAGGCCACUACAAAACCGCUGAGCACUUCGACCACGAUAUGAUCAAACUUUUCGACAAUAACGUCCGGUUUUUCGGUAGAACCUCGGAGUUAGGUAUCGCUGCGGCCAGAUUAAGGAAAUUGUAUCUUGGAAGUAAACCUGAUUUCGUAAACGCAAUAACGGAGGCCAUAGGUUGUCCUCCUUCUCAAGGAUUCUUACCCCCUAGAGGAUCUACUGCUGGGGAGGAGGAUGUUAUUAGGUGUAUAUGCGGUUUACAUAGGGACGAAGGUCUGAUGAUACAGUGCGAGCGUUGCCUUGUCUGGCAGCACUGUGACUGCGUGAAAGCCGACACCAGUAUCGAGUCAUACUUAUGCGAAAGAUGCCAGCCGCGUCCCGUUGAUUUGGAAAUACCUCUAGAAGGAGACGAAGAGGAGGAAGGCAAAAAGCAUUAUGUCACCCUAAUGCGGGGAGAUCUGCAGCUCAGACAAGGAGACACGGUGUACGUGUUAAGAGACACGCCGGAGAAACAUACGUACAAAACCAUUCAAAAGCCUGAUUACGAACAAAUGGACAUCUUCAGAAUCGAGAGGCUUUGGAAGAACACAGUGGGAGAAAGAUUCGUUUUCGGCCACCACUAUUUGAGACCUCACGAGACCUACCAUGAACCCACUCGAAAAUUCUAUGAGAACGAGGUAGUUUGCGCUCCUCUUUACGAAGCAGUACCAUGCGACUUGGUUGCUGAACGUUGCUGGGUUCUUGAUCCCCAUACUUAUUGCAAAGGCCGACCAGUUGGAUCUACGCCAGAACACACAUACGUAUGCGAGUAUCGUGUCGACCGUGCUGCUAGACUUUUCACCAAGGUAGCCAGAGCUAGGCAUCAAGUUUGCACGAAACCAUACGCAUUCGAAACAUUUCCGCAACGUAUUAAGCAUUACCGAACGUAUUUGCCUCAUAGUCUCGAAGGGAUACAAGUUGGCAGUAAAAUGAACAAAGAUAAAAAGAAAAUGAGUAAUCAGGAUCUCGACUCUAAUCAAAAGUCGGAGUCGAGUGAUAGCUCGAAAACGCACGGCAAGGAUAUCAAAUCUUCUACGAGCAAGGGUAGACGACGCUCAAACGAAAUCUUAUCUAUACACACACCUGCGACGUCCUACGCUCAGAGAGAAGAGCAAAGGCGGAGAUUGAACAACAUUUUAAUUGGGUUGCUUCAAAAAAUGCCAAACAAGAAAGAUCCAUUGGAUUUGUCGUUCUUGUUGGAGAGGAACCGACGGAAUCGGAAGAGGCCUGGUGGAUUAAAUCCGUGACAUUGGAUUAUACAGCAACGAUAAUGUGGCAUUAAUCGAUGUCCGUACGUGAUACGGACCAUUGUUAACACGUUACAGAGGAGACGUCUGUAAUCAGAGAGAGCGUUUUGCUUCGUCGUGAAUUCAAUUGAUUCCAUUCGAUCCGUUUCGUGAGGGUAUACGUCGAGAAAGUAUUUCGCGUCCCCUUCUUCUGCACUAUUAAUGCAACCCGUCCAUUCGUAUCAUAUUUAAUCAUGUACCCCCGAAUCCUGCGCUCCACUACAAAGAGCAUGUCGGUCGGGAUCUUUUUAUAUGUUGUUUUUACACGCGCGGAGCUGUAGAAAAUUUCAGACGGCGGCUAUAAAUGUAAACGAAAUCUUUUACAGUUUCCUAGCAUUAUCGUUUUCGCUAUCCUGGAUUAGCUUCUUCCGUUUCGCGCUGGUACCGCGUCGCGACAAUCAAGGAGAAGAUAAUCCGCGAUCGCCUCUAGAGUAUUUUGAACUGUUGUGCCGCGUCAAGAUUCUACGUAUCUUUCCAUCACACAUAGGGGUGGAUUUGUUUUUCGUAAAACGGAUCGACUUGGAUCGAGAAUCUGGCCGUAACGCGAGAGAACGUAUCUAUGAAAUUGGAUCUAACACAGAACUGUUACUUCUCGUAGAAUUCUAAUCUAAUUAGAAUCGCGAAAUUGUAUAAAAGUAUUUGUAAAUUUCUUUCGUAAUGAAAUAGUAUACACUUAAGUGUACAAAUUAUACGUUGACUGGCGAUCGAAUGAUCGAGAGGCAGCGAUACGCGUGCGCGAGUGUAUAGAUUACAGCCGCAUGCAAAGAAGCGGAUAUAGAGACCGACAAGAACGAAACUAAUCGUACAUGCGAGGCUUUAUUGCACAAAAGUACCAUUAUAUAUUUUUCAUAAGCCCAGUGUUAUUUGAAUUAAGUGUAAUAUAUAUAUAGGUUUUUAAAUUAAUAGAUAAAACUCUACUAACAUAUUUAAUUUAUUAUUGAUCGCGGAUCGAACAUAGCUAAUCAUUGCUAUAACGACGAAUAUACGCAGGAUUUCGUAUUUAUUAUUACAUUUAUGCAGUUAGUAAAUACAUACAAUUAAACGCUAUUUAAUACGCAUAAGUCUUGUUUACAUCGUGGUUUUUUUUUCAUUUUUCUGCACUGUAUCCGAGAUAUUUUGUCGCAUAGAAAUGGUACUGUAAUAACACUCUAUAAUUAGUUUCAUUUCAUGUGACCCCGUCUAACGGGUUAUCGCUCAAGAAAAAGAAAGUUACUUACAUCUUUGUACUUGAGUAGAAAUUUAUGAUUUGGUCCUUCAGCGAAAAUGUGCGAAUUAUAUUAAUUACGAAUUUUAUUUAACACAACGUUCGUAUUUUAAAGAAUCUCUAACAGAAACUAUCAUUAUUCGCAAUAUCGAUAUUUUUAAUUAAUAUAAAUUUUUUGCAGGGUAAAAAAUUUAUUUUAAAACGUUUGAUAGUUUUCACGCGAUAUAGAACUUAUGCAGCUUCUUUAAAAAUAAACAGUACAGUACUAGUUUAGGAAAGUUCCAUAGUUCUCUCCCUUCGAUCAAAAUGCCCGUGCGAUUCCAAGAAUGCGUUACAAAUAUUGUCGGAUAAAUUGCAACGCGUUCAUGUGUAAAUCAUGUUGAAUUAAUUUACAAAUUCUUGUCCGUAGACCAACAAAAAGUCAGCGAUUGUCGUUGACGAUUUACGUUAAGUAUGCGUGAAGACUGAAUUACUGUUACAGGAUAUUUCUAGCGGGUAAUAGCGCUGAUCCGAUCUGGGUUGUAAAUACUUUAAACUCCAAAUAAAUAGAAGAUAUUUUUUAUUUUUACGAUUUAA